AUGUCAACACCAUCCAAAACUAAGCAAAAUGAACCCCCCGGCUCCAUGUCCUCGAUCUUCUACCCACUAUCCACCACCCCAGCAACCAACCUCACCUCACCUCUCCCACCCGAUCUAGACGUCGACAUCCUCGUCAUCGGGGGGAAAGAUGUCCGGAAUAUUCUGUACACGGCUUAUUCGGAGGUAGGAGCUGGGCCUAGGCCUGGGUCUGCCGCUCAAGGAGAUCAGCAGAGAGAGGAGGAGGCAAGAGAAAGAAGGAGAAAUAAACUGAAGCACAGAAAGAUCGAUAUCACGAUUAGUAACCACGACAAGUACGUGGUGGCUCGGAACGUGCUGAUUUUGAGUUUCAUUUUGGACCUGGAGGGGCUGGAUGGUCUACAGGAGGAUAAUAAGGAGACGGAGAAGAAGGAGGAUAAGGAGGCUACGAGGAAGGAAAAACUCACCAAAAUCUUCGACAUCUACCACACCCGCUUUCUCCCCGACCGCGACACUAGGGAAUUACUAGCUCAGCAAUCGACGAAGCUAUGUGAAAUGUCGCAGACAUUGAAGGAGUGGGAACAAAGCACCUACGGGAAGACAAUACGCUUUCUCAACGCAAAAAGUCUGGAUGCGGUGAGGGGGGUAUGGGGACAAUAUGCCGCCGCAGCAGCAGACUCACUCAAGUCCGAGACAUCGUCAGAGAAAGUGGCAGAGCUUCAGGCUGCAAUGGCCGAGGGCAUGAAGCUACCUCUAUCACCUGAUAGCUCUACUGAGCACCAUGAGUCCUGGACAUUACCUCUAGGCUCGUCAGCAGCAGCAGCGCCAUUGACCAUCUUGCUAAAAGAUCAUAUCCGGACUUAUGUGCAGUGGUCGUGGAAUUAUGAUCAGACAUCGGGGGAAGGGAAUAUGAUGAUUGCUAAUCCUACGUUUGGGGCUGGGUUGUUAUCUGAUUCUGGUUCUGGUUCCGAAUCAGAUUCUGACACUAAUGCCGAAUCCAAGUCCGCAUCCAAGUCUGAAUCAGAAUUGCCAGGCCGUCGCCGACGUCUACUAGCCUACCCCUCUACUGGAGUGUUAGGGUACCAUCUCGCGCUGGCCAAGGCACCACUUACCGAGCUCUCCCCGCUGCGUCUUUCCAAGGAGGAUCACGACGACGACGACGAUAACAGCGACGAUGGUGACGAUGAUGAUGAUGAUGACGACGACGACGACGCCGACGACGAUGCAAUCCCGCCAAUCCAUGAUGUGGCGAGACACCAGUUUACUCAGUGGUCUAUGGCCUUCAGGGAGCUAGCUUCACUCGCCCUCUCAGAUAAGGAGAACGAAAAGAGACUCACAAUUCGGUUUGUGGUAGACUGGCUGGUUCCCCCUCUGUCAAUCACUAGUAACGAAAGAGACGACGAAAAAACAAUUCGACCCGGCGUCGCCGACCCUCCUGGCAUUUUGGGCUUGAUGGUUGCCGCCAAGCGAUUACUCAAAGACCGACCGUCUUCGACGCUGGUUAUGGAUGAUGGAGAGGGGGUAUCGCUUUUUUCUGCCUCUGGAGAUGAUGUCAAUGUCGAGAACAAUGACCCCUUGACCAGCUCGACGACAGCGUCGUUCAUCCUGGGCCUAUCGCCGGUUGAAUAUUGGAGUAAUGCUAGUGUUAGGGCGACGGUGGAUGAGUGUCUUGGGGCUGCUGCGGAGUUCUAUGAUGAGGAUGUUGUUGAUGCCGCUGGCGGCGGCGGUGGCGGUGGACAAAGUGAAAAGGGUGAAAAAGGUGACAAGGAGAAGGCGGCUGCGGCUGCGGCUGCUAGGGUGAAGAAGUUGGAGGAACAGGGGGGACUGCAGAUAGGUAAUCGGGUGUUUAGGAAACAUUCCAGGCGGCUUGCCCCUGACCAGUACCAGAAACACGAUGGGGCCAUGAAGAAGCCGGUUGUUGUCAAGGUCGAUGCAAAGGAGCUGGCGGAGGCCGCAUGGAGGGUUUACCAGGAUCUGGUGAUUUCCAAGGUCGAAGGUCAGCGGGUGGUGCUGCAACAGGGGCAAGAGCUGGUCAAAGUGUCUUGGGGACCAGGGCUGUGGCAGACCCUUUUGGACUUUUUGGGCGUGGUGUGUGGCCGGUUCGAGACGGAUAGGGAGCAGUUCCAGCGGGUUAUUCUUGAAAAGAUCGGAGGUCAUCCCACGCAAGAUGCCUUGUUGAGAAAGGCGUUAAAGGAGGUGUCUGAAUCUGAGAACGCGGAACAUGAAGCGGAUGGCUGCCCGGCGUUUACUGCGAGUUUUGAUGUCGCUUCGGGUACUACACUUAAGACCAUCACCGGCCAUCUGGAUUUUAUCACGGAGGAGGAUAAGCGGCUACUGGCUGAUAGGACCGUCCCGAUCAGUCUAAGGCAGUCUUCCCCGUGGACUAUCGACAUCGUCUUGGGUUCAGGCGCCGGGACACUCGUCAAACCGCUCGUCUUCCCGACCCCCGUUCUCAAAGAAGGCAGCAAGACGCGCAUCGCUCGCACGUCGGGAUACAUCGAAGUGAUCGCGCCGGCGAUCCUCAACCCUCGGUUUCCGACAGCUGCCAGUGUGCUAGACGGAUACAUUUUCCCUACUAUUCUUCAAGCCGUCGACGCCGACUCAUCAUCAUCAUCAGAGCCACCAACACAACUCAUCCCCGUCCCGCUCAACUGCCCCACAGUCAACCUCGACUCCCUUCCCAUCCUCUCUCUCACCGACACCUCCCGCCUCACAUUUCUCAGCACUUUGGCUUCCUCCAUCUUCUCACCCCGCGAACUCCGUAGGCGCCACGCUGCUAUGGAACAAGGCCUCCCUGACACCGAAUGGGGCUCGACAAGACUCACCCUUAAGGAAUCCUUGCACACCAUGAUCAACAUCGCCGCCGGUCUGCAGGUAGGACAAUCCGGUCUUUUCGCCCUGUCCGGGUCCGGCUCAUCGUCCUCAGACGGGAGACACAUCCUCAUCCUCGUCUCGGCCAUCAGGCUCGACUGCAGCGCGCAGUCCGGCGGAGGAAUAGUCAUCGAUGCGGCUGUGUUGCCUCUUACUCGCGAGCUUCUCACCAAACCCAAACCCAAAACUGAUACAGACAAAGACGACAACGAAGAAGAAGAAGACCUCCAAUCCUUCCUCGUCCUUUUACGAGCCCUCGAAUGCGUCGACCUAACCAUCACCGACGCCGAGCUUCGUCUCUGGAAAUCCCUCCUCCCUUCCUUCGCCGAACGGUGCCGCACCACAUGGUCUCACUCCCCUUCCUCCUGCGAGUAUUCCACGUUUGGCAAAAUCCCUCUCAGCCUUACGAAAGGAGAGCCAGUCCUCUGCACCUGCGGCGUCGGCCACUUCCCUCCGCAAUACCUCUCCUUACCGCUCUGGGACUCGGUCGCCUCGCGACACGCCACGCGCGUAGCCAUCUCUAUUCCUUACUGCUCGCCAGCGACGGAAAGGGUGGUGUUUGAUCCCCUCCUGGCAAAAAAGAUUGCGGAAAAGGGAUUGGAGGAUGCGUUGAUCAAGAAGAAGGAGGAGAGGUGUAGGUACUGUGGCAAGGGCGAGGAGGAGUUGGUUAUGGAGAUGAGGGAGCAGGGCGGGGAGACGGCUGGCAAAAAGGGAGUGGAGGUGUUGAGGAAGUGUGGCAGGUGUUUGAAGGUUAGGUAUUGUUGUGGGGAGUGUCAACAGAGGGAUUGGAAGACGCAUAAGACGGAGUGUGUGGAGAGUGAGAGGCAUCGGGAUCGGUAG